AUGCCCUCCAUCCUGAGCGAUGCCGACAAGGAAACGGUUAAGCGAAAUGUUCCCAAACCCGCCAACAAGAUCUUUGCCGUAGCUGUCGCACGACUCUACGUUGCCUAUCCGGACCCCGGACGAUGGACCUACACCGGCAUACAAGGCGCCGCCGUCAUUUGCAAUGAUCUCGUCGGCCGAACAUGCUGGCUGAAGAUUGUCGAUGUUUCGCCCGCUGGAAGAGGUGUGAUCUGGGACCAAGAACUCUACGACAACUUCGCCUAUAACCAGGAUCGAACCUUUUUCCAUACCUUUGAACUCGAAAAUUGCGCCGCUGGUCUCUCCUUCGCCGACGAGAAGGAAGCGAAAACAUUCAUAAAGAAGGUGCACGAACGGGAAAAGGCUGUCAGCAAAGAGACUAAGCAGACUCCCUUUGCCUCCUCUCGGGGACAGGGACCUGCGCCGGUUUCCAAUGGAAAGCGGUCCCUCUUCGGGAGCUUGCUGCAUCGUGGUAGUCACAGCCACAACGCUCCACCAACGCAGUCGAUCAUACCUGCAGCUGCACCUCCACCGUCGCAACCUCCUUCACUGCCCCCCAGCGCACCUGUGCCUGCGCCUACACCAGCCGCCCAUGCAGAUUUGCCGUUUGACCCAAGAGACCCGGAGUGGAAGCCAUUGAUGGAUGAACUGCAUAGUAUGGGUAUAACGGAGGACCAAAUCGCAGAGAACUCCGAAUUCAUCAUGGGCUAUAUACAGCAGAAGCAAAGCGCAAGCGAACCUGCCCUUCCUGCUGACGAUCAACCGAAACCCCGCGCUCCUCCGCCACCACCACCCGGUCUACCCAAAGUGAAUACAAUUAGCCCCCAGGGCACUGGGACAAGCUCGGCCGGCCGACGCGGCCCACCACCACCACCCCCGUCCCGCAAAGCUCGCACAGAUACGACUGAAGAAGCUCUAUCCCCGCCCCCUCGUGAGCCUUCGCCCCCGGCGCCGCCAGCGCAACCAGUUCGAAGAUUCAAUGCACCACCUCCGCUUGCUGAUGCAGGAAAAUAUGCCGAGCCCGCGGGUCCUGUCCCGCCGAGGCGGCCUCGAGCAACGUCAAACGUAACACCAGGCGCAGUCCCCGGCCCCCCACCACCCCCGCGGCCACCGAAGGAGGCCAUGGAUGGUAGCCAUCCUAGAUUUGGAGUACCUCCACCAUUCGCAGGAGAUCGCAAGGUUUCCGCUCCGCCCGCGCCUCCGAGCCGCAGCCCAGGGCCUCCCGGUCCUCCACCUCCACCCCCUCGCGCUGAGGACUCCCACCUCCCCCCUCCUGCUCGCUCCGUCCCUCAAUUGCCGCCGCCCCCUCCACCUCCAGCUUCCAUACCCGGCGGACCUCCUCCGCCGCCCCCACCUGGAGGAAGCUCCGGUGCUCCUGGAUUGCCUCCUCCUCCACCACCACCUGGGCGCUCGGGGCCUUCAGUUCCACCUCCACCUCCACCUCCUGGCGGUGCUGGUGGACCGCCACCACCGCCGCCCCCAGGAGGAUCAGCUGGAGGGCCACCUCCACCCCCUGCACCUCCUGGAGGAUCCGCGCCGCCGUUGCCAAAGAGUGAAGGUGGACGAGAUGAUCUCCUGGCCGCUAUUAGAGCUUCGGGGGGCCAAGGCGGAGGCGGUCUCAAGAAAGUCAAGGAUGCAGACAAAAAAGAUCGAAGCGCCGCCGCCGUCCCAGGAAGUGCGGCCGAAUCAGCUGCUGCUGCAUCUGGCGGUGGAGGUGCUCAACAAGGUGGCCUGGCUGGCGCCUUGCAGGAUGCACUGAGCAAGAGAAAGCAGCGGGUUAGCGGAAGUGAUGACGAAAAGGACGAUGACGACGACUGGUGA